AUGGUCGCAGCAGCCUCCUCUCCGGGCGAAGCCUCUCAGACUUCUCUGCCGACCCCUGCUCCGGCUGUGGCGGCGGCAGCGGCGUCGACGGCGCUUCUGUGUCGGUGGGAGGAGGUGCUUCUAGCGGACACGCUGAGGUUCAGCCUGGACCCGGCGGUGGCCCGGGCGAAGCGAGUGCUGCACCUGGGGAGCCUGGAGAGGGAGCUCCGCGAGGAGGAGAGGGAGGGCGGUUGGAGCUUGGACUCUAGGAGUUUCUUCGAGCGCCUCCUCCUUUCGAGGCUCAACGACGGCACCAGCCUUGCCGACAUCGGUGGCGUGGAAGACGGCGCCGCCGCCCCGGCCUCCGCUUCCUCCUCUAGGGCGUCGCCCCUCGCUUACAUGAUUGGCUGCUACGAAAGGGCGGUGCAGGCGGGUAAGGGCCCAGCUCCCCGUCACAAGGGUGCGUCCGUGGGGGCGUUGAGGAACUCCGCCGUGCGGCACCUGCGAGGUGUUCUCGUCACGUACGCCAUCCUCACCAUACAAAAUCCCGACAUGUGGGGCGACGAGGACGACUACUCGCCCGGAGGUGGCCCCAUCGCAGAGCUCAAGAAUCUCUUCCGGAGGAAAGGGGCCGCGGCUCUGCCACAGGGACUUCUGGACGACUUCAUUCGAAGCACCAGUGGCGACGCGGCUGGGGACAGCGGAGGAGUCACCCUCGAAGAGCUCUUCCAGCCGCUGCUGCUGUCGUUGGUGAACGACGCGGCGGAACUAUCUUCCCGAGCGGACCCGAUGGCCGCGAUGGGGGAAUUCGCGUCCGUCGUUCAGGCCUUGGCGGCCCUGGUGGCUUGGAAACCGCUGGCCGGCCUCUUCGCAAACCUACCGGAUUGGGUGCCGGAGGCGGCGUGCUCCGGAAAGAGUCUGGAGAAGAAAAGCCCCCUCGGGAUACUCUUCUCCUUCAAGGCGUCUCGAGCGAGCUUUGAAGUCGGCACCAUCGACCUGGUGGUGUGCGGAGCAGAGUGGAGCAGGGAGCGGAAGGCGACGAGAGAAGAGAGCCAGGCCCUGGGGAGCGUCCUCAAGGCCUGUCGUCAGUCCCUCACCACGGUGCGGGAAGCGCUGGUGGGUCUGCUGACCACGCUGCUCAAAGCCAAGCAGGCCAGGGAACAGGUUCUGCAAUGGGUUGGUGCAGUGGCCAAUCACAACAGGGGCCGAGAGCGCGACGGCUUCCACCAAGGGUUUGAAGUUCUACCGUUGAGCUCUGAGGGUAUGCUGGGCAACGUGCUGUGGGCCCUCCUGCGGCUUUGCGAACCGUUCCUCACGGCAGGCGACCCGAAGGCGGAGGCCCUGGCGGAUAAGACGGACCUCGACUACUUCAGGGGGAGCGAUAGGAUCGAUGUGAGCGAUGACACGGAGUUGUGGUCGGAGUCGCCGGAGGAGGGUGGUGAGGGAGACGACGGUGCGGCGGGAGGAGCGGGGGUCAGCCGGUGGUUGGACCAGCGAAAUCAGUCCCGUAUCGCGCAAUUCGAGGCUAACCGGGCCGCCCUCCUAGCUUCGGCUUCCUCUUCCUCCUCGUCGUCCCCUUCCCCCGGUAGCACCCCCCAGUCGACCGCAGGGGCCGGUGCAGGCGGGGGGGAGAGGGAGGAGGAAGAAGAGAAGGAGAUCGACCCGAAGAGUAAAAGUUUCGGGACUACGGCGGAGUUCGCCGGGCUAGCGGCGCGACUGUUGCACGUCGGGAUCGGGCAGGCGUACCGGUUGUUCACGGCGACCAACCGGAAGAUGGAGCGCUGGAGGGGCGCGCGCGAUAGUUCCAAGAAAGAUCUGGAGGAAGGAGAGUCGACGCUAAGCGCGCACGACAAGAGGCAGCUAGAGAAGAGAGUAAAGCAGUGCCAGACACGGCUGGAGGAGGGUGCUCUGACGAAGCUGAUGCUCCAGCUGGUGGACAUGGACCCGGACAUCGUGCUGCCGUCCCUGCGUUUCCUGCGGUUCCAGGUAAUGGACGGGUAG